CGAAACGGGGUACGGCUGGAAAUGAAUAAACAAGAAAACCAUGUCACGGUUUAUGAAUGGUGCAGCUGUGAAUGUGUUGGCCGGGCAGACAAAUUCCCAAACGACCACGGAAGCAUCCUUGGUGACUUUUGAAUUGGGGAAGAGGAGCUUAGCUGGCUAGCUAACGACAGAUCUGGGCAGGCUAGUACAUUCACACCGCCCCGAAAAAGCCGCGCGUCUCGCCUCACGCAUUCUUCCUGGUGGCUGCACACGCCGGUAUCCCCUCUCUCUAGUCCCCACCCACUCUUCUCUUGCCUCCAACUCUCCUGGCUGCGUUUCUACUCUGUGCUUAUUGGAGGUGGUAGCCAGGAGUCCAUCAGCAUGGUCGCGGAGGAGGCGGAUGCGACGUCGCGAGGCAGCGGCGGCGUACGCCUGAAGCAGGAGAUCUCCCUGCUGCACGGUGUCUGCCUCAUCGUGGGCAACAUGAUCGGCUCCGGCAUCUUCGUGUCGCCCAAGGGGGUGCUCCUGUACACCGGCUCCUUCGGCAUGUCGCUGGUCAUCUGGGCGGUCGGAGGGGUCUUCUCUGUUUUCGGCGCCUUGUGUUACGCCGAGCUGGGCACCACCAUCCGCAAGUCAGGAGCCUCAUAUGCGUACAUCUUGGAGGCCUUUGGGAGCUUCCCGGCAUUUAUCCGGCUGUGGACGUCACUGUUGAUUGUGGAACCGGCAUGCCAGGCGGUGAUUGCCUUGACCUUCUCCGGUUACCUGGUGCAACCCUUUUUCACCACAUGCUCCGCCCCCUAUUACGCCGUGCGCCUCAUCGCCGCCGCCAUUAUUUGCCUGUUGACGUGCGUGAACUGUUUGAAGGUGAAGUGGGGGGCCGUUCUUCAGGUCAUCUCCACUGUGGCCAAAGUGCUGGCGCUCAUUGUCAUCAUCAUCGCCGGCUUUGUAAAGCUGAGCCAAGGUUUCGAUCAAAACUUUGCGGACUCGUUCCGAGGCUCCAAGCUGAACAGCGGCGACAUGGCACUGGGACUCUACUCGGCGCUCUACUCCUACUCCGGCUGGGACACGCUCAACUUCAUCACAGAGGAGAUCAAGGACCCGGAGAGGAAUCUCCCCUUGAGCAUCGCCAUUUCCAUGCCCAUCGUCACCGUCAUCUACAUCUUGACCAACGUGGCCUACUACGUGGUCAUGGAUGUCGACGAGGUGCUCGCCAGCGACGCCGUCGCCGUGACAUUUGCAGACGAGGUUCUGGGCUGGGCCCGCUGGCUGAUCCCGCUGUCUGUGGCCAUUUCCUGCUACGGCGGGCUCAACUCCUCCAUCAUCGCUGCCUCCAGGUUGUUUUUUGUGGGCUCCCGGGAAGGCCAUCUCCCCAACGUUCUGUCCAUGAUCCACGUCGAGCGCUUCACCCCCAUUCCCGCUCUGCUUUUUAACGGAGUCAUGUCUCUGGUGUAUUUGUCGGUGCCUGACGUCUUUCGCCUGAUCAACUACUUCAGCUUCAACUACUGGCUCUUCAUUGGCCUGUCCAUUGUCAGCCUCAUCUACCUUCGCUUCAAGGCCCCUGACUUGCAUCGACCCAUCAAGCUGUCUUUGUUCUUCCCCAUCGUGUACAGCCUGUGCAGCAUCUUCUUGGUGGUGGUGCCACUGUACAGCGACACCAUCAACUCACUGGUGGGCAUCGGCGUGGCGCUGUCCGGCGUGCCCGUAUACUUCCUCUGUCUCCACCUGCCGCGCAACUCCAGGCCUGCCUUCCUCAACAAAAUCCUCCACAUUCUGUCGUCUUGGACCCAAAAAUUGUGCUACUGCUGCAUGGCCUCGCCUGACAUUGAUCUGGACAACAUCGACCCUGACAAGAUGGAGUGAAAGAACGACAAAACGUACCGAAGGACCUCUGCUCAAGACAAUCCCUUAUUUUUUGGGUGAUAUUACUCUGAAGAAGACGAUGAAAAAGAAAGUAGUACCGGCACACUUGAGACAUAUUGCCUCUACGUGGCCCGCCGCCAUUUUGUGAAAAAUGGCCGCAAGCCAUCAAGUUGCACAUUUUGCGUUAUGGUCUUUUUUCCCCCUCCAUGGGAGUUGGGAUUUUUUAACUGGUUCACACCUCAUAUCGUUCCUGCCAUUGAAGCCGCGAGCCGUAAUGAAUGUACCACUGGGAACAAGUUUGGUUUGUAGCGUCCCCUAUUGAUUGCCAAAAAUUGUUACAUCAGGUUUCAUUUUAGAUUGUACUGGCGUCACUUGAUCACGUGGUUUGGAUGAGUCUCCUGUACUGCUCAAAUGGUGUCUCGGAACUUGCUUACUUUCUUCACAUGAAGGUCCAAAAUGGUGCACAAAUACCGACGUAAAAUCAAAUCAUGGCAGCAGUAUUUUUUUCCAUUUUAAAAUUGUACAAAAUUACAAAAAUAGACUCGUAGCACUGCAUCUUUGUUUUUUUAAAAAAUCAUACUUCAUUAUUUUGUGAUUACUUUAAUCCAUGCAAAAAAUUCAAAUAUUGUUGAAAUAGUAUCCCCCGUAAUAUUAUGGUGUUGCACUUAACAAAUCUUUAUUUCUCAGAAAAAAAAAGAGAUGAUGCUGAUUUAUUUGGGGGAGG